AUGGCGCCAACAAAGAAACCGAGCUCAGACUCGAAGGCUCGCUCCUCCGUCUCCCUCAAGAAAGUGAAGGGCGAGAACUUCUACCGAGAUGCGAAGACGGUCAAGCGUUUGAAGAUGCUGUCUGGGGGCAAAGCCGUGAGGGAUAAGGACGGGAGGAUCAUCGAGGCUGCCGCAUUUCAGAAGGGCGAAGAUGAAACGAAGCCAGGCAGGGUGCAGCCUGAUCGACGAUGGUUUGGAAACACCCGAGUCAUCUCUCAGUCCGCGUUGGAUCAUUUUCGAACGAAUCUGCAUGCGAAGCAGAAUGACCCUUACUCUGUUCUUCUUCGACGAAACAAGCUUCCCAUGCAGCUCUUAGAUGAUGCUGCCAAUCCCAAUCUUCGGAAGCGCUCUCACAUCGUCGAAACAGAGACGUUCCGCGAUACGUUCGGCCCAAAGGCUCAGCGCAAACGACCGCGCAUCGAGGUCGGCACUUUCGAAGAACUCGGAAAAUUAGGCUCUGUAGCAGCAGACGUGGCCGAAGAGGCUGCUGUUGUCGCAGAAAUGGCUAUCGAGGCAGGAGAAGGGAUUGCCUCGUCAGAUCAAACACACGCGGAUUACAUCGAGCCUAUCUAUUCGAAAGGAACCUCCAGACGAAUCUAUGGCGAGCUUUACAAGGUCAUUGAUUCAUCGGACGUGGUUCUCCAUAUUCUCGACGCGCGAGACCCCCUCGGGACGAUGUGCCAAAGUGUGCUAGACUACAUCAAGAAAGAGAAGGCGCACAAGCAGGUGGUGCUAGUGAUCAACAAAUGCGAUUUGGUGCCAAACUGGGUAACGGCUCGCUAUAUUCAACACCUCACACCUAAAUAUCCCACCAUCGCCUUCCACGCCUCGCCGAACCACUCCUUCGGAAAGGGUUCUCUUAUCCAGCUGCUUCGUCAGUUCUCACAAUUACACUCGGACAAAAAACAGAUAUCUGUUGGAUUCAUUGGCUAUCCUAAUGUUGGCAAAAGUAGUGUAAUCAAUACCCUCAAAAGCGGCAAGGUAUGCCGCGUCGCCCCAGUACCUGGAGAGACCAAGGUCUGGCAGUACAUCACGCUCACGCGUCGAAUCUAUCUUAUAGACUGUCCUGGUAUCGUCCCUGCGUCUGCGCACGACUCGCAAACCGCAGUCGUCCUAAAAGGCGUGUUGCGCGUGGAAGCCCUCCCCUCCCCUUCAGAACAUAUACCCGCACUCCUCAGCCGCAUCAAGCCUUUGUACCUCGCGAGAACCUACGAUAUUUCGCUACCAGAUCCAGAUGAUCAAACUCGUGGAUGGGAGGCCGAGGAGCUUCUCGAUAAACUCGCCAGAAUGAAGGGCCGUCUGCUCAAGGGCGGCGAACCGGAUCGCGAGGGUGUCGCGAAAGUUUUGCUCAGUGAUUGGGUGCGCGGCCGCAUACCAUACUUCGUCGCCCCGCCGGAGCGGUCGGAAGAGUUGAAUGAGAAGGAGGCCAAAGCCGCCAAGUUCGGGAAAAAGGGUAAAGGCAAGGAGCGCGCCACGGACGGCGAUACUGUACCGGGAGUGAAGCAAAACCUGGGUUCGAUCAUGCAGAAAAAUACGUUUGUUGGGGAGGACGCGAGACCUCUAGAGGUGACUACAACUGAAGGGGAUGUCGAGGUCGAGGCCGACGAUGGCGAUGAAGAAGCAGUGCCCAGCGAAGACGACGAAUCAGAGGAAGAUUUGGCCUGGGGGGAUGUAUUUACUGAGGAUGCUGUUGCGGCGAGUUCAGAGGGGGCCUCCAGCUCAGAACCUAUACAAGUCCAAGCCACUAAUAUCCACUCGUCCGAUGAAGAUCCUGAGGAACAGGAAGGAGCCGAUCCGUCCCCACAAAAGGAGUCUCGUAUGAAGACUAACAAGAAAAAAGCCGUGAACUUCUACACGACUGCGAACGUCAAGAACAAGAAUCGGAGCAAAGCAGCACUCUUGAAGUCGCUGCAGGGCAAGAAGGGAGAGGCAGAGGUGAAGCGGCGACGGAAGCAAUGA